CUCCAGAUAGCCAUGCAGAAUCUUAAGCCAUGAAGGACUAUUCCGAUGUCGUCCUCUGUCCGGAAGCAACUGAGUUGAGCAAGACAGAGUUCUGCAAUCCCGUUUUCGACCCUGAAGCAGGGCCUUCUUGCCCUCCACCAGCCUUACAGAAAGAUGCCAGCAGCAGCCACCAAACUCCCUGGCAUGGACAGCAUCUCCGGGGGCUUCAACCAGACUGCCACUUCUCCUGGCUCUGCAUCCUGCUGCUCAGCGGCCUGCUGCUCCUGCUGCUGGGGCUGCUGGUGGCUGUCAUCCUGGCUCAGUUGCAGGCUACAACCCUCCCCAGGACUACCGAGAGCCCACUGCCCAACCGGGGUCUCGCCCCCAUGGGCAGCAUUCCCAGCGCCACCCCUAACAUCAACACUACCAUCCUCACCACCUCCCCAGCAACCACAGGGCAGCAGGAGGCAGCCUUGAACCCUACACGCCAGACCACCUGUGGAGGCCUCCUUCCUGGUCCAAGAGGUUUCUUCAGCAGCCCCAACUACCCAGACCUUUACCCACCCCACAGCCACUGUGUCUGGCAUAUCCAGGUAGCCACAGGCCAGACGAUACAGCUCAAAAUUCAAGCCCUCAGCAUAGAAAGCGUAUUCUCCUGUCUUUUCGAUCGCUUGGAAAUUAUCCCAGAGCCUGCUGGCCCUCUCCUCAGGGUGUGUGGCAAAACGCCUCCUGCCACACUGAACACCAACACCAGCCGCCUUCGUGUGUCCUUCGUCUCUGACAAUGAUGUGGAAGGGUCUGGUUUCCAGGCCUGGUACCAAGCUGUGGCCCCUGGACAUUGGAGCUGUGCCCACAAUGAGUUCCGCUGUGACCUGCUCCUCUGCCUGAAGCAUGACUUAGUAUGUGAUGGUAUUACCAACUGUGCCGACGGCAGCGAUGAGACCAACUGCAGUGCUGAGACCGUGGGAUGUGGAGGGAACCUGACUGGGCCCCACGGGGUGUUCUCUUCUCCCAACUACCCACAGCAGUAUCCUAAUCAUCAGCUUUGCACAUGGCACAUCUCGGUGCCCGUGGGAUACGGCAUAGGACUACAGUUCCACAACUUCAGCCUGGAGGCACAGGCUGAGUGCAAGUUUGACUACGUGGAGGUGUAUGAAGUUGGCGGUUCAGGGGCCUUCAGCCUCCUGGGCAGGUUCUGUGGAGCAGAGCCACCACCCCACCUCAGCUCCUCGCAGCACCAGCUGGCUGUAAUCUUCAAGACGGAUCUUGGUAUCAGCAGUGGGGGCUUCUAUGCCACCUACCAGGCCAUCAACACUACAGAGAGUAGGUGCCCCUGGACAGACCUUUGUGGGCCCAGAGAGUUCUGCCAGAAUGGAGGGUGUGGGGACCUGCAAUGGAUGUGUGACUUGUGGAGAGGCUGUGCAAAUGACAGCAAUGACAAUUGCAGCAGCCACUUGUUCCCACAACCAGAGCUGGCCUGUGAACCUGUCCAGGUGGAGAUGUGCUUUGGGUUAAGCUACAGUAACACAGCCUUCCCUAACAUCUGGAUGGGCCCGGCCACCCAGGCAGAGGUGGUAGACAUCCUCAGAGGCUACAAGAGUCUGACAAGGCUACCCUGCUACCAGAAUUUCCGGAGGUUCCUUUGCGGGCUGCUUGUACCCUACUGCACCCCACUGGGCACUAUUCUACCCCCUUGCCGCUCUGUCUGCCAGGAGGCAGAGCAACAGUGCCAGUCGAGCCUGGCGCUACUGGGCACCCCCUGGCCCUUCAACUGCAACAGGCUGCCUGAGGCAGCUAGCCUGGAAGCUUGUUCCCAGCCCUGACCUGAAGCCAGCCCCGCCCUCCAUCUGCCCAUCCUCCUCUACCUACAUGGGUGCUGCGCAGGCAGAAAACAGAGGGAAGAGGGACAGACAUGGGACUCUGCGCAUCCUCUCUGGUGCUUCCCAGGGAGGAGGAGGACCAGCUCCAGCCCUGAUGGGACUACCACAUCUUCCCUGUCCCUCUGUGCUCUUACC